GAUCCUUCUCUCGCGAGAUUUGGAAACCGGAAGUGAGUUAUAUUGCAAGAGUCUCACUUGUAAGAGGCGGCAUCUCAGUUAAGGUUGGCGGGAGCUGAGCGAUCAGUCCGGCUUGGGCUGGCUCUGGUUUGAGGGGUUGCGGGCAGCGCUUCCCGCCUCGGGCCGGCAGGAUGCGGGUGGCUGUGGCCGGCUGCUGCCACGGCGAGCUGGACAAGAUCUACGAGACGCUGGCGCUGGCGGAGCGGCGCGGCCCCGGGCCGAUAGACCUUCUGCUGUGCUGCGGCGACUUCCAGGCAGUGCGCAACGAGGCCGACCUGCGCUGCAUGGCCGUGCCGCCCAAGUACCGCCACAUGCAGACCUUCUACAGAUAUUACUCUGGAGAGAAAAAGGCCCCAGUUCUCACAAUUUUCAUUGGGGGAAACCAUGAAGCCUCAAAUCAUUUGCAAGAGUUACCCUACGGUGGCUGGGUGGCACCCAACAUUUAUUAUUUAGGUUUGGCAGGUGUAGUAAAAUACCGAGGCGUAAGGAUUGGUGGAAUCUCUGGUAUAUUUAAAUCUCAUGACUAUCGAAAAGGUCAUUUUGAGUGCCCCCCUUAUAAUGCAGCAACAAUAAGGAGUAUAUAUCAUGUGAGAAAUAUCGAAGUGUACAAAUUAAAACAGCUGAAGCAGCCUAUGGACAUAUUCCUAUCUCACGAUUGGCCAAGAAGUAUAUAUCAUUAUGGAAAUAAGAAGCAGCUUCUUAAGACUAAAUCUUUUUUCCGACAAGAAGUGGAAAAUAAUACGUUAGGAAGUCCUGCAGCCUCAGAGCUUUUGGAGCACUUAAAACCUACUUACUGGUUUUCCGCACACCUCCAUGUGAAGUUUGCAGCCUUGAUGCAACAUCAGGCCAAGGAUAAAGGACAGUCAGCCAAAGCAACCAAAUUUCUAGCCUUGGACAAAUGCUUACCACACAGAGACUUUCUUCAGGUAAUAGAAAUAGAACAUGACCCCAGUGCUCCUGAUUACCUGGAGUAUGACACUGAAUGGCUGGCUAUUCUCAGGGCUACUGAUGAUCUUAUUAACGUGACUGAGCGCUUGUGGAAUAUGCCUGAAAAUAAUGGCCUGCAUACACGGUGGGAUUACAGUGCAACAAAAGAAGCUAUGAAUGAAGUAUUGGAAAAAUUGAAUCAUGACCUCAAAAUUCCAAGUAACUUUAGUGUAACUGCUCCUUGUUAUGACCCUAGCAAGCCACAGACACAAAUGCAGUUGGUUCAUAGGAUCAGUCCUCAGACUACUGAAUUUUGUGCUCGACUUGGCAUCACUGACAUUAAUGUCAGGCUUCAGAAGGCCAAAGAAAAACAUCAGUUGUGUGAUGACUAUGAAGGGCAGGAUGAUGUGGAGAGCAAUGACUCUGGAGAAGACCCCAGUGAAUACAACACAGACACAUCUGCCCUGUCCUCGAUUAAUCCAGAUGAGAUAAUUUUAGAUGAAGAAGAGGAAUAUGAAGAUAGUAUUGUAAGUGCACACAGUGACAUGAAUACACCAUCUGUAGACCCUUCUUCUGAUCAAGCUUCGGACUUUUCUGCAAGCUUUUCUGAUGUCAGGAUCUUGCCAAGUUCCAUGAUUCUAUCUUCUGAUGAUACAUCAGGUUCCCCAGUUGGCAAGGAGGGGAAACCUGGUGAGCCUGUGGAAUUGGAGGAUGGAAAGGACUUAACCUCAGUGCCGUUGAAGAGGCUGAGUAAUGAACAUGAACCCGAACAAAGAAAGAAAAUUAAGAGGAGGAAUCAAGCCAUCUAUGCUGCAGUAGAUGAUGAUGAUAUAGCCUAAGACAAGUUGCUUGUCAGUAUUAUAUGUAGAUAUGUGAUUUUUGAGAUUAUAUUUUUAGAAUUGGAUUUUUGACUCAAGACUUAACUUUGUAAUAAUGAAAUUAUAUAAGAAACUUUUAGUUAGGUAUCAACUUUAUCUUUAGGCCUUUGUAUGUUUCAGAUAAAUAUUAAAAUUUUGUAUAUUACUUGAUUAA